CGCUCACUGACGAGAAAAGCAUCAUGGCCGAUGUGAACGAUGUGCAUGUAGAAUUGGAAGAAAAGCUGUCUGUGGAGGAGGCCCAAGCUGUUGCAGCUGCCGCUGAAGUUGCGAAUGCCACGUCCAAGUCUUCCAAGAAGGUGGCGGCGGCGCCCACUGUGUACGAAUCGCGCUUGCACGAAGUGCGCGACUGGAAAAAGAGCACGUUGACGCUAGACGAACGCUUCGAGCUGUGCAAAAGUGUGGGCGAAGAGUGCAUCAAAGAAGAGGAGCUUCGCGCGCUGCUUGAAAAGAAGGAGCACCCCAUUUGCUACGACGGGUUUGAGCCGAGUGGCCGCAUGCACAUUGCACAAGGCGUGCUGCGCAUGAUCAACGUGAACAAGCUUACGAGCGCGGGGUGCAUUUUCCGCUUCUGGGUUGCGGAUUGGUUUGCGCUGCUCAACAACAAGAUGGGCGGCGAUCUGAAGAAGAUCCGUAAAGUCGGGCAGUACAUGAUCGAAAUCUGGAAAGCCGUCGGCAUGAACAUGGACAACGUGCAAUUUCUGUGGGCAUCGGACGAGAUCAACGCCCAUGCGGACGAGUAUUGGACGCGCGUGAUUGACGUCGCGCGCAAGUUUAACGUGGCGCGCAUCCAGCGAUGCUGCACCAUCAUGGGUCGCAAGGAAGCCGACGACAUGAGCGCCGCGCAAAUGAUGUAUCCGUGCAUGCAGUGCGCGGACGUAUUCUUCCUCAAGGCCGACAUCUGCCAGUUGGGGCUGGACCAGCGCAAGGUUAACAUGCUGGCGCGCGAGUACUGCGACGAAGCUAAGAUCAAGUUCAAGCCCGUGAUCAUCAGCCACCACAUGCUCAUGGGGCUCAAGCAAGGCCAAGAAAAGAUGAGCAAGAGUGACCCGGACUCGGCGAUCUUUAUGGAAGACACGGUGUCGGACGUGAGCCGCAAGAUUAAGAAGGCGUACUGCCCUCCCGGCGAAGUGGACGGAAACCCUAUCAUGGACUACAUGAAGCACAUCAUCUUUCCCAUGUUCCCCGACGGCGUCGUUGUUAAGCGCAAGGAAGAAUUCGGCGGCGACAAGACCUACCUCACGUACGACGAAAUGGCCGCCGACUACCUUGCGGAAGCCAUCCACCCCGGUGACCUCAAGCCGUCGCUGACGGAGCACUUGAACUUGAUCCUCGAACCCGUGCGCAAGCAUUUUGAACAAGGCGAGGCCAAGAAAUUGCUGGCGGAAAUCAAGAAAUUCAAAAUCACCAGAUAAGCAACGCCCUGUCGAGUCUCAGCAACGCGCGAUGGCAUUCAUGUCGAGGUCGUCCUCGUUGCUCGUGUUUAACCCUCCAACAAAAUCUAAACGAAUGAGUGGAAUCGCUUUGGUUCACAUUAUGACCCAAAGUGCUCGCACCGGAGCUUGUACAACGGA